AUGAAGUUCUCCAUCGUUGCUGCUACCGCCCUCCUCGCCGGCUCUGCCGUUGCUGCCCCAGGUACUGCUUUGAGACAAGCACGUGCCGUCAAGCGCGCUGCCCGUACCCACGGAAACCCAGUCAAAUACGUUGAGGGACCAACCAACAAGACCGAUGUUUCCUACUCCUCCAACUGGGCUGGUGCCGUCCUCGUCGGCACUGGUUACACUUCCGUAACCGGUACCUUCACUGCCCCAUCCCCAAGCACAGCCGGAUCUGGAUCCGCCUGGGUUGGUAUUGACGGUGACACCUGUGGUACCGCCAUUCUCCAAACCGGUAUCGACUGGACCAAGUCCGGUAACUCCAUCACCUACGAUGCUUGGUAUGAGUGGUACCCAGACUACGCCUACGACUUCAGCGGUAUCUCCAUCUCUGCUGGUGACAGCAUCAAGGUUACCGUUACUGCCUCCUCCAAGACCACCGGUACCGCCACCGUCGACAACCUUACCAAGGGUAAGUCUGUCACCCACACCUUCAGCGGUGGUGUUGAUGGAGACCUCUGCGAGUACAACGCCGAGUGGAUCGUUGAGGAUUUCGAGGAAGGUAGCUCCCUCGUCCAGUUCGCCAACUUCGGCACUGUCACCUUCACCGGUGCCUCAGCCACCCAAAACGGAGAAUCCGUCGGUGUUACCGGUGCUCAAAUCAUCGACCUCCAACAAAACUCCGUCCUCACCUCCGUUUCCACUAGCAGCAACUCCGUUACUGUCAAGUAUGUUUAA